ACCUCUCUCAAUCUUCUGUGUUCCCCGUCCCGCAGUCCGCCGGCUGGAAUUACACCUCUCUUCAACUCCACGCUCCGCUGUCUUUUUCAGCUCGUCUCUCACCCAGUGACAGGACCGUCCGGCUGGGAAGCCUCAUUAGGUGGGCUGGUCCGGGAGUCUCCUCAGCAGUCAUGGGGAGGUCAGGAGUGAUCUGGGUUUGUCCACUGGGGACGAGUGUUCAGCUGUUCCUUCUCCUCGGCCUCUGUGUCUCCAGCAUUCAUGCUCUUUCUUCGCAGCAGCCGCGAGUCUUCCUGCCAUUUCAAGAACUGCAAAAAACCCAGUCCUUUGAGCACUACUCUAUAUCUGAGAAGGCCAUGGACUACAGGAUCCUUUUCACGGAUGAGGAUCAAGAUCGCAUGUACGUGGGCUGCAAAGACCACAUACUCUCGAUGGACAUCAACAACAUCAGCCAGGCCACACUAAAGAUCUUCUGGCCGGCGUCCAUCAGUAAGGUCGAGGAGUGUCAGAUGGCUGGCAAAGACCCGACACAUGGAUGUGGGAACUUCUUAAGAGUGAUCCAGCCUUAUAACAGGACUCAUCUGUUCAUCUGCGGCAGUGGAGCCUACAGCCCAGUGUGUGCAUAUGUUAACCGUGGCAGACGUCCUGAGGAGCAAGUAUUCCAGAUCUCUUCUCGGGCAGAAUCAGGGAAAGGGCGCUGCUCCUUCAACCCACAAGUCAACACCGUCUCAGUCAUGCUCAAUCAGGAGUUAUUCUCUGGCAUGUACAUUGACUUCAUGGGGACAGACGCGGCUAUCUUCAGAAGCCUAACCACAAGAAACCCUGUGCGGACGGACCAGCAUAACUCCAAAUGGCUGAGUGAGCCACUGUUCAUUGAUGCUCAAUUGAUCCCUGAUGGAUCAGACCCCAACGACGCCAAACUGUACUUUUUUCUGCGGGAGCGACUCACAGACACCAGUGGAAACACUAAAAACAUUCAUGCCAUGGUGGCUCGAGUGUGUCCUAAUGACACUGGUGGUCAACGCAGUCUGGUGAAUAAGUGGACCACGUUUCUCAAGGCUCGAAUGGUGUGUUCAGUUCUAGAGGAGGACGGUACUGAGACACACUUUGAUGAGCUUGAAAAUGUGUUUUUAUUGGAGACGGACCACCCAAAGGGCCUCCUCAUCUUUGGAGUCUUCACCUCCACAAGCUCUGUGUUCAGAGGCUCUGCUGUCUGUGUGUACAACAUGGCCGACAUCCUGACGGUCUUCAAUGGGCCAUUUGCACACAGGGAAGGGCCCAACUUCCAGUGGGUUGCUUUCCAGGGCCGCAUCCCAUACCCACGACCGGGAACUUGUCCCGGUGGUGCGUUCACCCCUCACAUCCAGAGCACUAAAGAGUUUCCAGAUGAUGUGGUGACGUUUGUGAGGAAUCACCCCGUCAUGUUUAACCCCAUCUACCCGGUGGGAAGGAAACCCCUGGUGGUGCGAACACAUGCCGACUACAAAUACACCUCUAUAGCUGUGGAUCAGGUCCCAGCCGCAGACGGCCACUACCAGGUCCUGUUCCUGGGCACAGAUAAAGGCACGGUGCAGAAGGUCGUGGUUCUGCCGUCAAACGGCUCACUGGAUGAGGAUCUAAUCCUGGAGGAGCUGGAAGUGUUUAAGACACAGUCUCCCAUUACCAACCUAAGAAUCUCCUCUAAAAAGCAACAGCUGUAUGUUAGCUCUGAGCAUGGGAUCUCCCAGGUGUCUUUACACCGCUGCAAUGCAUACGGCUCUGCCUGUGCGGACUGCUGUUUAGCACGGGACCCAUACUGCGCCUGGGAUGGUCUCAGCUGUUCCCGAUUCUAUCCCACUGGCAAGAGGAGAAGCAGAAGGCAGGAUAUUAUGCAUGGAAAUCCACUGACUCAGUGCAGAGGGUUCAAUCUGAAAGCCUACAGGAACGCAGUGGAAAUGACUCAGUAUGGAGUCAAAAACAAUACUACCUUCCUGGAGUGUCAGCCGAAAUCUCCCCAGGCCUCGGUUAAAUGGCUCAUUCAGAGAGACAACGAUCGCAGGAAAGAGGUGAAGCUGAGUGAUCGUGUAGUGUCCACCAAUCACGGUCUGCUCAUCCGCUCCGUUCAUUCCUCAGACCAGGGUCUCUACUACUGUCUGGCCACAGAGAACGGCUUCAAGCGCACGCUGGCUAAGAUCCGUCUACAGGUGCUGAGCGAGGCUCUAGUCAGCGCCCUCAGCAGUAAACAACAGUCUCCCUGGGGCUGGACGGCCAAUCUACACCCCAAAGCCCUGGUGUCGGCCUUCAGCCCAGCUGAGACGCUCGCCAUGCAUCAAUACUGCAAAGAACGCAAGCAGAUGCAGAGUCUGCAGAGCAUACAGAGCCCCAUGAGAGGAGAUCUGGGAAAACUCAAACCCCUGCUGGACCAUAGGAAGAGCAGGAAUCGCCGAAAUCACUUACAGCAGGACUAAAAGUGGAUGGAGGGAUGAUGGAGGAAUAAAGACAUGCAUUAGGAAAGAAAUCGAGAGGGAAAUAAAGGAGAAGUUUCCUCUGAUAUAAACUGGCUUUUUUUGGUCUUCUUCAAGCUCAAAGCAUCUCAGGCGCUUCCUGUACAGCAGUCUUAUAUAGAUGAGGAGCAGAGACUCAAACACACAUACAGUACAGGCACUCAGCUUGUAUUGCUUCAGUCAAAGUAUGUGGACACAAAAUUUCAGAACAAACCAUGAAGUAAUGUAAGUCUUUGGAAAGUCCGGUGAAAUGAUUUGACAAGCACGGGUUUCUUUCCAGUGUUGAUGCAUUUCAUAUUUAAACAAAAAGCUGGACAUUUUAAAAGACUCAUCUUUAUUUUUAGCCAAUAACCAGAUUAAAUGUUUAUAUGAUACUUUCUAAUACUUGUCAAGCAUUAACAAGUAAUAUCAUUCUAGAGAGCAUCAGAUUGGACAAAAAGUGGACAUGCCCCUAAAUGCAAGAGAAAGACAAUUUUAAAUGUUUCUGUUAAAAGUUUAUUUCAUCAUAAUUUAGGAGUAAUAUGAUACAUUCUAAUACCAAUAAAAAAGAACAGUCUCAGUCUAGAGAUCUAAGAUCUGAUUGGACAAAAAUGUGAAUAUGCCCUCAAGUUUGUUUUUUCUGGGAGAAAAGUACAAUUUUAAAUGCAUCUAUUUAAGGUUUAUUUUGUUUAUUAUGCUUUAGCCUCACAAUUAACAGAUAUAGACUAAGUGUGUACUCAUACUCGGCUAACCAAAUCAUGCCCAGGCACGUUUGACCCCCAUUUACGGGUUAGUUUGACAAGUGUGAGUGCUCCAAAUCGGGCCCAGGCAUGGUUCAGUUGGUCUGCCCUGGCACGGUUGGAUGAGGUGUGCCAGAGUGCAGUUUGGUUGGGCUUUAACAAGGUACGCUUGUAGUGUGAGUGCAAAUCGCUCCUGAGCGUGAAACUGAAGCCGCAACUUCACUUUUAAGGGACUGUUUCAUAUGGAUUUAUUAAUCAUUCUUACUUUUCAAUGAACACGAACUGUAAUAGUUUAUUAAAGAUACAACCCCAACUUCAGCACACCUCCUAACACGUGUAGCACGAUGACUUUCCUGAACAUUUAUGAGCAUCAAAAGUGGUGGAUCUCUUCAGCAAAAGAUUUUACUGCGUGUCACUGCAUAUCAAACGACUAAUAAUAAUACAAAACAAUAUAACUGAAGCAAUCUCCACUGUACUGAGCAAGAGUGCUACUCAUCUGUUAAACUGAACAGUUGCAUCAUCGAUGACGCAAGCAUGCUCAGACUCGGAAGGUAAAAUAACAGUAUGAGUGCAGGGGGAGGAGAGGGGGACAAUUGCACCUGAUCGUGGUUCAACCAUG